AUGGAAUCGCCUAGGAUGAGCGCCGAGACGAAAGCCGCCGUCGUCACUGGCGUCACCAGCGAAGAAGCACGAUGGAAGCAUCUUGAUCAGAUCCGAAAGGUCGCUGGUCCCUUCACCGACCCGGAAGCCAUGACAGAGGAAUUUUUUUCGCAGUUAGAAAAGUUUAAGAUCCUAGGCGCUGGAGGCCUAGGCUGCGAGAUUCUCAAGAACUUGGCUAUGUCUAAGUUCAAGAACAUUCACGUCAUCGACAUGGAUACUAUCGACAUCUCCAAUCUCAACAGGCAGUUUCUCUUUCGAAAGUCGGACGUCGGCAAGUACAAGGCGGAGGUCGCGGCAAAGUUUGUCGAGAACAGGGUCCAGGGCGUUUCCAUCACAGCCUACAACUGCCCCAUACAAGACUUCGACCAGGACUUUUACAAGCAGUUUCAGAUCGUCAUCUGCGGGCUCGAUAGCAUCGAAGCUCGGAGGUGGAUGAACGCAAUGCUUGUGGCCAUCGCCGAGGAGUCGGACGACCCCGAUAGCAUCAUUCCUCUCAUCGACGGCGGCACCGAAGGAUUCAAAGGCCAUGCCCGUGUCAUUCUUCCGUCGGUCACUUCCUGCAUCGAGUGCCAGCUUGAAAUGCAUGCACCCCGAGCUGCCGUUCCCCUCUGCACCAUUGCUUCCAUCCCGAGGCAGCCUGAACAUUGCAUCGAGUGGGCCCACCUCAUCGCGUGGGAAGACGAGAAGCCAUUUCCCAGCCUCGACAAGGACGACCCCAAGCAUAUUUCUUGGCUCUAUCAGAAGGCCCUUGCUCGUGCCAACGAGUUCAACAUUGGCGGCGUCACCUACGCGCUCACCCAAGGAACCGUCAAGAACAUCAUUCCGGCCAUCGCGUCCACCAACGCCAUCAUCGCCGCCGCCUGCUGCAAUGAGGCCUUCAAGAUUGCCACCAACGCGGCGCCGUGCCUCGGCUUCGAGAGCAACUACAUGAUGUACUCUGGCAACGACAGUAUCUACACAUUCACAUUCAAACACGAGAAGAAGGAUGACUGUCCCGUCUGCGGCAGGCAAGCUCGCCCCUUGACUGUCGACGCCUCCCUCACGCUGCAGGACCUCCUGGAUUCCUUGGCCAUUCGGCCCGAGGCGCAGUUGAAGAAGCCGUCUAUACGGGCGGAGAACAAGACGCUCUACAUGCAGUUUCCGCCUGGACUGGAGGCGCAAACGAGACCGAACCUGGCCAAGACCAUUACAGAGCUCGGCCUUGAGGAUGGCCAACAGGUCGUCGUCACCGAUCCCGCAUUCCCCUUGGAGUUCAACUUCUUUCUAAAGUUCAAACCCGAGUCGUGA